AUGCCAAAUUUUGAUGUAGAUUCAAUAACAGCAAUAUCUAAUAUAUCAUCAAGUAGAGAAAAUAAUCAAUUAACUAAUGUUAUUCAAAGUAAUUCAGGCUCUGUUGUGUUAAUCUAGUAUCUUUUUUGUAUAUAGCAACUAUUGAUGAUUAUUUUAUUGAAGAUGUUAAUUUAUAUCAACGGAUACAUGAAGUUCAGUUUUGUAAAAUCCGACUCGCUCAUCUCUGUUUAGUACAUAAAUGUCGAUUCUGAUCAAUACCCAGGACUACCUCUCUGGAAUAUUAGAAAUUACUACAAUGAACGAAACAGAAAAGAGAUCGUCAUUAUCGAAGAGAUUUUUGUCUCUCAUACACAAGAAAGUA